GAUGCUCUGCAGGUCCGCGGGCGCCGGGGGCGGGGAAAGCACUCGCUCGGCUGCGCGCUGGCCCCGCCCGGGACCCGGCCGGAGCGCGGGGCCGCCCCCUUCCUCCCUCGCUGGCGCUGGGCUGAGCCCCGAGCGGAGAAACGGAGUCGGCCCUAAGCUCCCUGUUUGGUUUUUGGGUGGCGGCAGCCUGAGGAGGAACAUGGCGCUCGUAGGCAACGGAGCAGAGCUGGAGGCGGACGAGGACAUCUUUGAAGAUGCAAUGGAAACCAUCUCUAUGUUUUCUCGCACAGAUAUGGCAACAAGCAGCCGUCCCUUUGCAUCCUUUGAUACAAAACUGGCCUCUGGACGGCUCGGAUCAUCUAAUGUGAGCAGGUCAACAUCAAACAAGGUGGAUCUCAAGUGUGGCCUAGAAGAAUGUGCGGUGGCAUUGAACUUAUUUCUAAGUAACAAAUUUACAGAUGCCUUAGAAUUGCUUCGACCGUGGGCUAAGGAGAGUAUGUACCAUGCCUUGGGCUACAGUACUAUUGUGGUGUUGCAGGCGGUCAUGACCUUCGAGCAGCAGGACAUCCAAAACGGCAUUUCUGCCAUGAAGGACGCAUUACAAACCUGCCAAAAAUACAGGAAAAAAUGCACAGUUGUAGAAUCUUUCUCAAGUCUUCUUUCUAGGGGAUCAUUGGAACAGCUGACUGAAGAGGAAAUGCAUGCCGAAAUCUGUUAUGCCGAGUGUCUCCUACAGAAAGCAGCACUCACGUUUGUGCAGGAUGAAAAUAUGAUCAACUUCAUCAAGGGUGGACUCAAAAUUAGGACAAGUUACCAAAUAUAUAAAGAAUGUCUUUCUAUCCUGCAUGUAAUUCAGAAGAACAAAGUUGAACAGCAGUUCUUCUAUGAGUUUGAAGGGGGUGUCAAGCUUGGAAUUGGUGCCUUUAAUUUGAUGCUCUCCCUUUUACCAGCACGGAUUAUCAGACUACUAGAAUUUAUAGGAUUUUCAGGAAACAGGGAGUUGGGCCUCCUGCAGUUACAGGAAGGUGCAUCAGGAAGAAGCAUGAGGUCUCCGCUGUGCUGCUUAACUAUACUAGCUUUUCAUACUUACAUCUCCCUAAUCCUUGGUGUUUGCUAUAUUUUACUGAAAUAUGGAGAAUUACUUAUAAGUAUCUACCCUGUUGUGAAGACUGAGGCUUUUCCUGUUGAAUUUCUAGGUACAGGAGAAGUGAAUGUUGUGGAAGCAGAGAGUCUUCUUGCUCCCUUCCUCCAGCAGUUCCCAAACGGCUCCCUCAUGUUGUUUUAUCAUGCCCGGAUAGAGCUGCUCAAAGGGAAUGUGGAGGAGGCACAAGAGAUAUUUCGAAAAUGCAUUUCAGUUCAAGAAGAAUGGAAACAAUUUCACCAUCUCUGUUACUGGGAGCUGAUGUGGAUUUAUGUAUUCCAACAAAACUGGAUGGAGGCAUAUUAUUAUUCCGAUCUGCUUUGCAAAGAAAGUAAAUGGUCCAAGGCAACAUAUGUGUUCUUGAAAGCUGCAAUUUUGAGUAUGCUUCCAGAGGAGGAUGUAGUAACAACUAAAGAGGAUAUAGUAACUUUAUUCAGACAGGUGGAUAGCUUGAAGCAGAGAAUUGCGGGGAAAUCUAUCCCUACUGAGAAGUUUGCUGUAAGGAAGUCUCGUCGUUACUCUGCCUCAUUGCCUGCACCCGUGAAGCUCAUCGUGCCUGCCCUGGAGAUGAUGUAUGUCUGGAAUGGUUUUCCAAUAGUGAGCAAGAGAAGAGACCUUUCCGAAAAUCUCUUGGUCACUGUCGAAAAGGCUGAGGCUGCUUUACAAAAUGAAAAAAUAAGUGACUACUCUGUGGACGACGAGUGCCUGGUGAAGCUGCUGAAGGGCUGUUGCCUGAAGAACCUACAGCGACCCCUGCAGGCCGAACUGUGCUUCAAUCACGUCAUCCAAAGUGAAAAGCUACUGAAGUAUGAUCACUAUCUAGUGCCAUUUACUCUGUUUGAGUUGGCCUUUUUGUACAAAAGCCAAGGGGAAAUUGACAAGGCCAUAAAGACCCUAGAAACUGCAAGAAACAACUACAAAGAUUACUCCAUGGAGUCCAGGCUACACUUCCGAAUUCAGGCAGCUCUUCACCUCUGGAAAAAAACUUCCUCCGAUUGAUCAGAACACGAAGGAUGGAGUUUCCCCUCAGUUAGCACUGACAUCUGCUCUAGAUUAGACCUUGUAUUAAAAUGGAAAAGUGAUCUUGUGAAUGAGAGACAAAAAAACUAAUUUUAUUGUCAAUAUUUUUUAUCAUCUGUGUGGUUUACUGUUGGUCUGCGUCAGUUUUUUUUUUUCCUAUGAAACGAUGUUCAAUGUUCAGUACUGUCUAGAAAAUUCUUAUAUUUUGCCUCUCCAAGAAGAAUUUCAUAUUGGAUUUGAAUUGGAGAGUGAAGAAGUCUUUUAAAGGACUCACAGGUACAAUAAAGUCUGAUUAGAUUAUUUUUUUAAUGUGGAAAUUUAUGUUUAAGUAGCAAAGGGCUGAUAAGUUGAGCCAUUUUUAGAUUUGUUGGUCAGAGAUAUUUUGUUGCCUAGUAUUUAAAUUUAAGAGGGGAAAUAAAAAUCACCUACAUUCAAAAUAGAUUAACAAAAACCUGAAGUCUCCUGAACAAGACAGGCCGUGGGUGUGAAUAGGGAUAGGAUAGUGUCCUUAAUGGGUUGAAGGGAACUGUGUCUAGAAAAGAUGGUGAAAUAUUAGGUUUUGGGUUUUUUUUAUUCUUCAUGUAAGUUAAAGGUGGUGACGUUUUUGAGUGACUAUCCUUUUUUUGAAUGUACUUAAGUCUAUUAUAAUAACAAAAUUCAAAAAAUUGUCUAAAGGGAAGAAGAAGUCAUAUUUUAGAAAUUAUCCUCAAUCUUAGCCAUGAGAGUCUAAAAUACAUACGUUGAUUAUUUUUUCUAUAGGAAGCAAAGUUCCUGCUGCUUUAAAUGGUAUGUAAAAUAUCAAUAAUUUUUAUACUCAUGAUGUUGGUGAGUAAGAUCUAAUUUUCUAAUCUAUCUAGCACUGUGAUGGUUCCUUGUAAAUAUCUGGACCACGCUUCAUCCUUUAUCUGGGAAACACAAUCAGGGCAGAAUGCGGGAGAGAGCCUGGCUCUGCUACUGCUUAGCAGUCACUGGGGUGACCUCUAGGGAGCCCCCUGCUCUCUGCAUCAGCGUAUUUUCCUCAUCUGUGAAAUGGAAAAAGAACAGAUGAAUUUUCAAGGUCUCUUUUGGUUUUAUAACUGUGAGUCUGUGUAUUAGGCAUUUUCAGCACACAGUGUCAAACUGUUUAACUCAAACUGUUACCACAAAGUGCGAGUCUUAUUCUACGGUCAUCUCUGUCUACCCCCACUCCCCGCCCGUAUGUUGGGGUUAAUGACAGGAUUGCAUCCAGGGCGAGGAAAAAUAAUUCAUGGAUCCACAAAUCAGGGUGUGGUCCUAUUUCUGUUCUAUUUUGAAGAGUAACUUAUCAUGGAAACCUCUGUAGUUUAACAGAACAUCCCCAGAUUGGGAUCUGGAGCCCACCUAUGCUAGUCAGUAGUACCUUGACGUGGAUGGAGUAAGUCCUUCAUUCUUUCUGUGACUCCAUUUCCCCGGGGUCGGGGGUGAGGGGGAAGGCAACACAACUGCUUGGUGCUCGUGGCGGCUCAAUUAGAUGAUGCCUAUGAUAGCUUUUGGUAAACUGUGAAAGUCUAUAUGAAUAUAUGAGUUGCUGUAAUAAUUAUGGUUUUUAUGCACUGAUUACAAUACCAACACAAAAAUAUUGGCUGAGUUUGUGGCCUCUGCUGUAAAAUGAAGGAAGUGCAGAAAUUCAAAUACCUUUAAACUUAUUCAUGUGUUUGUCACGGACAAUAACGCAGAUUAUGAAUUUGCCCCUUGCUGUUCAUUCCCUGCGACGUGAGUCUGUACCCAGCAGGUAUUUUGGUCUUGUUUUCUUUAAGGUGCUAAUUCUUGACCAAUACUGAAGAUAUGUUUCCAGUGGAAGAUGAUUAAUACAACUUGAGUCAGAGAACUAGCCCUUCAGAGAGCAUGGUGGGAGCUCUCACUAUGUGCUAUUAAUAUGAAUUACGUAGCUUUAUUUUAGGUCCAGGCGAGAGGAAAUAAAAUGAACUGUUAUUACAAUAUCAGCAGUGGAAAUAUGUUUAAUAAUUAUUUUAUAUGCAACUUGAGAAAUAGUUUAUAAAUUCCAUAGAAGAGCUUUGGUAGCAUUACUUUUUAAAAGUAUAAGUACACCCACAAUGUUUUUGUGAGAAGCUGUAGGUCAGAGCGAAAGUCAGUAAAAACUUAUCUUUCUGGUAUAAUUUCAAAACUAUAUGAGCUAUUGUGGUUAUUUUUAUUUUAUUUUAACUCUGCAUUACCAAACAAAUAUAAAAGAAGUUCCUGUAUCUCAUUAAAAUUUGUCUUUUAUUUUUUUCUUCUAUUGUUUUUG